CCCCUCCCAAAAGCCCUAAGGAGCUCGCGUUAGUUACUCGCGACUGGAGCCCAGGGGUCGCGUCUGAGAUGGCGGCGGGCAAGUGGGAUCCGUCCUGUGACUGACUAACUUUCUGGAAGAGUGAAGCACAUUAUAGGCUGAUUAGAGGCUCAGUAAACACUGGUACCUAUUCUGCCCUUGGUUCUAGUGGCCAAAGCAGAAGCAGUGAGGUCACUUAAAUACAGAGACCAACGGCAUCAUGGAAGACAGCUCUCCACAUUCCUCUGGGCUUGGUGUAUAUCCUAAUCAUAAAGUGACUCUUGUUAAUGAUACAAUCCACAGGACUAAAAGGCCCUUAGACUUGCUGGAGGAGGAUCAGCCCCUGCAAUCAGCUGCUAAGAAACAGUGCCACUUGAGUAAUUAUUGUAGCACUCCAUGUCCAUCAAAGAAACUACCACUAUGCUCCCCAGAUUCUGCCUGCUUCCCUGGCUGUCUGGAUGAUACUGAGCUGGAGAACAUCGUCAUCAGAGUUUGUCUUCCAGAAGACAGUGCGGUAGUCCUUUCUGUGGAUACAACUAGAUGUUUUGAUGAUAGUGAGCCAGAUGACUCUUUGCUGGAACCCUCAGAUGAUGAGCAAGGGAACUCUCCCUUCAAUUAUACCGAGGAAGAGUGUAGGGAAAUGUUAGCAGAUGAUUGCUUAGGAGAUGACCAGAACUCCACUGGAGAGAGUGCUUUAGUGACUCUAGAUGUAUGGGGGCAAAGUGAGAAGGAAGUGAGUAGCAAUUGUAGUUGGGCAUCAGUCCCCCCUGAAGGCACAGAGACGACAUUCAGGACCAUAGAUGAGUUAGUAAGUAACGAGUCUCUAUCUCAGACUGGCUCUUCAGUUAAUACCGGACAUUUUCGAAUUCUUGAGAAUGAAACAGCUAAUUCUGAGGGUGAAGGAUGCUUGAACGUGGACUGCUUGAAAUCAGAUCAAGUCGUUUGUACGCUAUUUGACUGUGAUCUUCAGGGGCCUCUAAGUCUUUCCCCAACUGAUGCAGAUUCAGUAGAUCAGCCGAAAGGCGAUGAUGGCUUGGAGAAAACUGGCGAAAAAGCUUCACAAGUAAUAAGAGAUGACCAUCUACAAAAUGCAAGCAAACAAAGUAUAGAGUAUGAGGAAAUCAGUUCUAAUAGCUUGGUUGUUGAAGAGUCCCUUGAGUCCCUGGUUUCUAAAGAGCAGCACAGGGGGGGUAUGGAUAAUGUGGAAAAGCUGCCAUCAGAAAUCAAAGAAUCCUCUUCCUUCUGUGAUGCGCACACAAAAUUUUCCACAUACUCUCCUGAUCCUGCCUAUAGUCAAAGUAAGGACAAAGUGGAGAAUACAGCACCUGUACUGCUACUGCAUCCAAAAACCUCUAAUGUCGUCUUAAAUCAGGACCCUUCCAAAGGAACAGACAAUGGAUUAUCAGGGACCUUUGGCUCCCAAAAGGAAGAUUUGAGCCAGGAAUCCAUGUCUGUUGAAGAAUCACCAGAGAAUCUUAAAUCAAACUCUGCAGUCUUAGACCAGAACUGUGGGGAAGACACUACCUGUGGGAAGAAGCUAGGCAAAGUCAUUCCUGUGCCACAGGUGGAAGAAAGACCAAAACAACGGAUAUGCAUUUCCGAAGCAGAACUUGAGCAAAAGAAGUGUAUUUAUAUCCAAUGUGUGCGUGCCCAUGUAAAGAAUUCCAUGGAUCCUACACCAGGACUCUUAGGCUGUGCACCUCUCAGAUCAGUCAUACAAAAGCUAUUGCUGACAGAGGUUAAAGAAGAAUCUCCACGUAAAGAGCAAACAUGAAUAGUAGAUGAAGAGCUACCCCUGAAGGAAUUGUGGGUGGAAUUGAGAAACUCCAGAGGUUAAAUAUGGCCCUUGCGGCUUACAAAGAUGGCCUCAAACUGUGUUCGUUCGUCAGGCUUUUCAUGGGUGUGGUAACUGGCCCUUCUUGAGAGUUUCAAGAAACUGACAGUUGUGUCGCUGCUCACAUGGAGCCGCCACUUCUCUGGGCAGUGCAAACAGCCGCAGAGCCAUGGGGCUGCUUUCCAGUCUAUGAAUAUCGCAUACAUAAUGCAGAGGGGACUCUGCGAGGAAAACUAAUUAUGAGCCGUUUUCUCCUCCUUUCAAAUUAAAAAUGCAAGGUGUAUCUCUGAGUCGUAGCAAGUCAGGAAGGAGCCUGAUGAACAAGGCUGGCAGGAUCUUCCAUUUCACUGAGGAAGAAUGUUAUGUGUGAUGCACCUAAUCUUUUUGCUUCUUAGUGGAAAUGUUCCAAAUAACUUUAGGCUUGGAAUGUAGCUUGACAGGUGGGAGGGUUUUUCCAGUUGAGUCACAUAAGAUCCUUUCUCCAUACACACACAAACCCAGUGAGAAUUUGUAAUCAAACCCUGUCAAGGAGCCACAGCACAUGUAUUGUAGCUGUGAGUAAUUCCUCCUGGAAUCUAGGCCAGAAAGCUCACCAGAUCUGUGCCUUUUGCUGGGAAGGGGUAACCAACCAGGUGACUGAAAGUAAUACCUUGUUAUGCCACCACAUUUAGUCUUUUUUUGUAUUGUAGGCUGUCACUUGUACUUUGGUAUUUAACUUAAUUGUUCACGCUCUUCAGCAUAAUCUCCCCCACACUUCUUUGUUGUAGCACAUCUCUUGUCCAUCAUUUGUAUGUUGCGUGUUUCAAUUGUAAGCUAGUCUGGGGCAGGGACUUGUCUUUUUACCUGUCUGUAUAGCACCCAGCACAAUAUUAUACAAAUAAAACUUUUCUGUGCUCAUGUUGGUGGCUUUUGUGGGCUAAACCACUUAAAGGUAACAGCUGCACUAACUGCCAACCAUUUAGUCUUAUGGAUAUUGGAUAGUUUGGAAGGAGUCCAUUUUCUGAGCUAACUUUUCCCUGUUUGGCAAAGUGAACUGACCCUGUGCAGAAUAAACCUGUGGCUUUGGGUCUAUGGAUAUCCUCCAGGAACUAGGGAAUAGAAUAUUUCCAAUGAAAUAGAUUUGUUUGCAGCUUUCCACAUGAAUCUAAAUGCUGCAGAGGCUGUGUCCUAGCAGAUGUAAAAUUGUGAUGUGAUUUGAACAUCUGUUUCCAAAUGACUGGCUGAAACUGUCCAUAAUUGACCACAAAGAAAUUUUGCCAGCUGACCACUAGCUUAGUAUUCAAACUUCAUUAUUGGUCUUCAUUCAACCGUAAAUAGAAUCAAAUCCUUCUUGACGAGAUCCUCAUUGUGGAUUCUGUUUGGUCCAGAAUCAUUUGUCACUAGUGAAGAGGCUCCCUAGUUUCAUAACUGGAAGUGACUAUUGUUGUGGCUCUUGGCAUUGAACGUUCACCCAGUUUUGUUACUUCGUCUUGGUCUAUAAGAGACAGAAUACAGAACAGCUGAGAACCCCCUUUUUUUUUUAAAGAGCAGGUGAAGAACAAAUUUAGUGGUGAGUUUUUUUUCCUCUCCCUCUGUAUAUUCUUCUCUUGAUUUUUUGCAACAUUGUUCAGUAAAUUUGCCUUUGCAGGAUAUUGACAUCAUAAUUAUGCAUAUUGAAUAGUGCUUGCACCACCUGCUGCUCAGACAACUUUCAUGGCGUCAUGUGGACUCUCUUCAGACUUGUAAGCUGUUUGGUACCUGGAAAGCAAUACUAGCUCUUCCAAUCUGGUAUCUAAUAGCCUCUUUCCUUAAGAGCUCCUCUGCUAGUAAAACUGUACCAGGAGUUCUAUCCAAGGGCAGAUUGACACAGCAUAUUGGGUACACAGGGCUGCCUCCACUUGGAGGUGACCUGUUUAUCUCCUCUCUGGAAACACACAAUUUGCAUUGUAAUGCUUCCCAACUCGAUCAUGCCAUUGGUAGCUGGGCAAAAACAUGAUGAAGCUGGAUCCUCUGGGGCAGAGAGAGAGGAGACAACUUGUGAAGUGCCUCAGGGAAUUUUUAGGACCUGAUUUUAUUUAAUACCUUUAAUUUAUGAAGGUUAACUAUCUUUAUUAAAUACAUGUUGCAGAUUUUUGGGAAGUGUUGCAGACAAGGAGGAUUAAGUCAUACAAGGGACCUAAGGGCAGAGGUUAAGUGGGUUCUGCUGAUUUCACUGAUGCUCUUGGAUAUAAAGUAUGGGGGAGUGCUCUUCCAGGGAGAGGAUCUAUGGUGUGGGCUGAGCUUUCCUGAAGGAGAAAUCCUAAUCCCAAUCAAGUCUGGGAAGAAGGCUUGAAUUGGUUCUUUCAAACAAAACCCCACCCAAACCCAUAAUAAAUUCAAAUCCUGGGAAGGGGGAUAAGUUUGGACUUCAGAGUGUAUGGGCUCUGUUUGUACAGCAGGUUGGGAAAGGUGCCUACUCACAAUGAGACUUAAAUUGUGUUUGGGGUAGGGGAAGCUUCUGGACGUUCAGCUGUUCCACGGUAGCAUUACCUCCAUCCUUCCAACCCCCACCCCUAAGCCAAGCCCAGCGUUCAAGCAGAAGCUUCUCUAGUGGGAAGCCAAACGCAACAAGUAAGGGGGCUGGAUUAUUUUUUAAGGGAAGUUUAAGACUAGUGACCAGACUUUCAAAAAGAGCUCAACAUCCAGAACUUCCCACUGAGAACAGUUGAAGAUUCUUGGUAUCUAAAUGAGGGCUCAGCUUUUAUGAAAAUCUGAAUGUAAAUAUAUAGCUUCUCCCCGUUUUGCUAUUUUGGGAGGAUGGGCGUGGGAAUAUAUCUGUAAGCGCAGGAAAAUAACUCAGUGCUCAGGGAACAGACCUGGGAGAUGAGAUCCAAGUUCUAUUCUUGACUCUUAUGCAGACUGACCGUAACAAGUCACUUCGUCUCUGUGCCUCCAUUCCCCUUUCUCCAUCUGUAAAUAACAAUAACAAUUUUUAUUGCUUUCGCCGAAGCACUCUGAGAUCUUUGGAUUAAGUAGUGCAAGAAGCGCCAAGUAUUUGAAGAGUCCAAAAAUUCCAAGGAGACCAGAUGCUGAUAAAGAGGAGCAGGGGAUUAUUUCUAUUGUACAGCAUUGGUUCUCCACUGUGAUCCAAGAACCACUGGUAGUCUGGAGAAUUGGCAAGUUACAUAGUGUUGGCUCUCAUUUUCAGCUGCUAAAAGAAGCUACAAAUCUUAAAUGGCUGCUUAAUGUUACUCUUCUAUGGAAACAAUUGCUGUGAUUGCCAGUGGAAAGGGAAGUAGCUUAUGUUUUUGUGAAUGGGUGGGAGAAAUGUCCAUAAAACAUGUUAAUGUGCUCCAUGCUAUGACACUUUUGAGAUGCUCUGCUGUAGGGAAAAACCCUGCACUGGCCCUGAGGACAGAAGACCCUUAUGGAAAAGAUCAAUCACCAAUUUCUGUCUUAUAAAUAAAACUAUGGUCCUGAUUCUGACCUUUUCUUCUGGCUUCACAUCAUGCUGGGGUAAAGCAGAAGGAAAGCCAGCUGAACAGACUAUUGCAUUCCCCUAAUCUGUGGCUGGUGUACAGAAGACUUAACAGCUCUACACCAGUCUUUUAUUACUGCGCCAGUAUACUAGGGCUUUCAGCAGGUAAGGAGAUCUGGCCAGAGUGCCUCUGCGCUCUGUCCCCAGCAGCUGAGAACAGCAAAUAGAUCCAAGUUACAUCAGCCGUACUGGCAAAAAGUUUGGGGCCUGGGGGAUGGCCCAAAGAUGGCAUGACUGAAACUCAGUCAGGGGCCCUGGUGUAGAAAGAGUAAGAACUUGUGGGAAGUUGCUUAAGAUAGAUAAACUGGAAGAAAUCACGAGUCUUCCAGGGACUUCUACUCUAAUCUAAAUGGAUUCAAAGGGUGAGUUGCUGUCUGGGCUUAACAGCUCUGCAACAUGUGCAUGGUGGGUGUCUGCAUGUUGUUAGCCCUCUUGUCACUUUGCGUUUCUCCGUAAACAAUACUGGCUGAACACAGACUGUGGACUUUCAAAGAGCCAUCUUUAGGAAGUGUGCAGUUAAAAAUGAAUGGCCUCUUGUCAGACUUGGGACUGGUCACUUCAAACAGAAGCUGAUGCUCCAGUGGGUGAAAGAGAGGUGGGGCCACUCUACACAGAUGCACUCAGUAGGCAGUCACUUCCUGUGGAAUGAAGAAGUGUCUCAUGUAGAACCACUCCUAGUGUUAGAAACAUGACUACAGUAGCAAGAUGGGAGAAAUACCUCCGUUCGUGUUGGUUGAGGAAGGGCACUGUUUUCUGUUGGUAGCAACAUCAUAACAACAGACUUCUGCUGUAGUGUGCAGUAUGUCGUCUCAGCCUGCAUUAUCAGAUACUGAAGCGAGGAGUGGGCAAGAGUACAAGCAUUGCAGAUAUGCUCUGAGCUAUUUUGUGACCUGGACACACAGUCUCAUGUAUCUUGCCAAACUAUCCGUUGCAUUCCCUUACCAAGGAUUCAUGGUGUGAGGCCUUUGGAGAACUACUGUAUCUACUGAAAGGGCUUGUUCUGUGCAGUAGGUAACCCUGCUGCAUGAGCAAUAAUGUUACAUCCUUUUCAGAUGUAAGUGAUUGUGGACAGGGAUGUCUCUUGCUACACUCUGAUUAUAGACAUGUGCGAAUGGAUCCUUGCAGUGGACCGUCACUGCAGUGAGGAGCUGAGUCCGCUACUUGGCAAGCAUCAUGGCAAGUAGUAUCCUACUCAUGUCAGUAGCAGGUGUCUGCUUCUUCUCUGCUUCCAGGGAAAUGUUGCACAAGUGUCCCUGAAAAUGGACAUGUGUAGAUCUCUUGUCUUUCGGGCAGACUCUGUUUGUCCCGUGGUGUAAGACCAGGAGCAACCUUACGAGCUGGGGCCAGAGUUCCCAUGCUGCUGCUGUCUUUUUUCCAGCUUCAUGUGGCCUGCGCGGUCUCCCAUUCACUCCUUACUUUGCUGCA